AUGAAAGUUCUGCGAGAGAAUGGAUUUCGAGCUACCGCUACCAUAAGGGACAACAGAUUGAAAAAGUGCAGUGUAGACUCGGCGAAAACUAUGGCCAAAUAUGAUCGAGUUACUUAUGAUUUUAGGUUUGAAAAACAUAAUGAACUAUUAUUAGUCCGUUGGGUCGAUAAUAACGUUGUAUCGAUUAUUAUCAACUACGAUAAAAUAGUGCCCCUCCAUCAAGCUCGUAGGUGGUCAAAAGCAAAAAAGGAACCAGUUCAAAUUCAGCAGCCGAACUUAUACAGAAGUUACAACAGCCGUAUGGGAGGAGUUGACCUUAGUGAACAGUCUGUAAAUACAUACAGAGUUGGAAUUCGCGGAAAGAAACGGUGGUGGGUUUUGUUCACAUAA